AUAUAAAACCCAUUCACUGGUCCGCUAGUAGGAAAACAGACGCUCACCCGCCCAGUAGACCCGGGCCAGUGCUCCAGCUAGAAACUUCCACUCUUCCUCCGAACGUCAAACCUUCACCGUUGGGAUUGGGUUUUGGAAUACCAGCAAGUUUGAAGACAAACUCACAAACUUUCUAACAAACUUUCAUUCUUCAAGUUUUGUUUGCAUCGAAAAGCAGAAUGGAGGCAAGGUAUAAGAGAAAGAACACCUGUGGAACGAUAUGUCUGAAAUAUCUCCUUUUCUUGUUUAAUGUUCUGUUCUGGGUGGCAGGUGGAACUGUUUUGGCAGUUGGAAUUUGGACCGUGGCGGAGAAGAGCGAUUACAUCAGUUUACUGAACUCCACCUUUUACUCCGCCUCGGCAUACAUCCUAAUCGCCACGGGGAUCAUCGUGGUGGUGACGGGACUGAUCGGGUGCUGUGCCAUGCUGAGGGAGAUGAGAAAUCUUCUCAUUGUGUAUUUCAUCCUGUUAUUUUGUAUUUUCCUGCUGGAAAUCAUUGCUGGUGUGAUGGCCUACAUGAACUACCAAAAGGUGGACCAUGAGCUCAGGCAGAACCUGAGGUUGACCAUGCAGCAUAAGUACAUGCAGCCGGGGGAGGAAGGAGUCACCCAGGGCGUGGACAAGCUCCAGCAGGAGUUUAAGUGCUGUGGCAGCGACAGCUCCCUGGACUGGGCUGACAGUAUUUGGAUCCUAACCUCACAAAAUGCUAUGAUGGUGCCGGACAGCUGCUGUAAGACUCCAAGGGAACUCUGUGGCCAGAGAGACCACCCGUCCAACAUCUACAAGCUAGAGGGAGGCUGCAUCGGUCGGUUGGAGGAAUUCAUUCUGAGUCAGCUGCUUAUCCUAGGUGCAGUGGGAAUCGGCAUUGCCUUUCUUCAGCUGCUGGGGAUGAUGUUGACCUGCUGCCUUUAUCAAAAUCUGAAAGAAGAUCGUUAUUCAGCCUGUUGUUUUUAAUAUGUGGUUGAAUUGAUGUGUAUUGGAAUACAUGAUCUCAUUCAUUGUACUGUAUGAAGUUGUGAAGCCGAUCUUUUGACAUUGCAAUGAUGGUAUAUUUGUGAAGGAGCAAAGCUCAAUAGCAUAUUCCACUACAUGGCUCCCUUGUUGCUUUGUGUUUAAUCUCAAAUGUUCUGUGGCCUAUAAGGUGACAGACAAAUGAUCGCCAAAUUUUAUCUGUGUUUAUUUUCUACAGACAAAAAUAAAAUAGUAUAUGGCUGA